AUGUUUGCUUCAAUCAUUCUACUAUGGAUCUGUAUUCUCUUCAUCGUCCUUCAACUAAGAUCUCGGAGACCCAAAAACUUUCCACCAGGACCCCCUAUCCUGCCCAUGUUGGGAAACAUUUUACACUUAAGCCUGGAGAACCCCCUGGAGUGCUUUGAGAGGGUGAGUAACAGGCUGAUACUGCUACAUGUUCAAUAUCCUUGGACUGAAACCAAUUAGCUGUUAGUGGAACAUCAUAACACCUAUGAAAGCUACUUGAAUAUUAUCAACCCGUGCAGUCAAGGAUUACAGUUACCCCAAAACCAUGCCAUCUCUUUUUAGUGUGUCUGAUUUAGAGUAUGUGUUCUAGCCAUACUACAAGUUUUCCUGGCAUGGGACUCACCAAACAAAGAAGGCAGAUUGAUUGUUCCUUAACAGCGAAACUAUUCAUCCAAAGUUUGUAAGAAAUACAGGUACAGUAUUUUAAAAACUGACAUGUUAUCUUUUCCUCUCCUAGCUGAAGAAGUCUUAUGGGAAUGUCUUUAGUAUCUACUUGGGUCCCAAACCAGCUGUCGUCAUCAAUGGGAUGAAGGCCUUGAAGGCAGCUAUGGUGACCAAGGCCAGUGAUUUUGCAGGACGACCCAAAGAUCUGCUUAUCACUGACUGCAUCAAGAGGGCAGGUUAGUAUAACCACCUUGAGCACUUGAGUGAAAAACAAGGUCACUUUCUUGGUGGCCUGAAGGUGCAAAACACAAAAGAGAAAACACGACAGCAAAUCAAAACGCAAACGCAAAACAGAAAAUGCAACUGCAAAUCACAUAUGCAAACGCAAAAAAGAAAACGCAACUGCAAAUCCCAAAACUCGACAGCAUCGUCUGUCUUCUUCUUCUUCGUUGUAGUUUAAUGGCAGUUUACUCCGCUGGGGGUGGAGUACUACUGCCACCUGUUGGAUGUCGGAACGGGAAAGUAAAUACGAACAUGGACGCUGAAAGCGAAAGUGUACUCGAAAUUAUCCAGCAAUAUUUUGAUGCAGGACACAAAUAUGACGUAAUAGUCGACAUGUUGUUGACUAUUCAAGGCAUUAGCAUGAGCAUUCGAACGCUGAAGACCCGCUUGAAAAAAGCUGGCUUGUUUAGACUUCAGUUCCAACAUCGAUCCAGCAGGUGGAGGUAGUACUCCACCCCCAGCAGAGUAAACUGCCAUUAAACUACAACGAAGAAGAAAACAUAUGAUGCUGUUGUGUUUUGGGAUUUGAGAUUUCGUUUUCUUUUUUGCAUUUGCAUAUGUGAUUUGCUGUCAUGUUUAGUGAUUUGCAGUUGCGUUUUGUGAUUUGCUGUUGUGUUUUCUCUUUAGUGGUUGUGUUUUGCACUUCCAGGCCACCAUAAUUUCUGCCUGCUUUGUUUUUCUGUGACAAGGAAAACCUAUUUGAUUUCAAAAGCAAAGUCAUCUUUAUUUGAUUGUGUAUUUAAACCUUGAGAAUGGUUGGUUUUAUCUGGUUUUAUUGGGUUUUACUUGCUUUUAUUUGGUCUUAUUUCAUACAUUUUAAUCUCUUUCCCCUAAGCACUGUUGUCACUUUAUAUGUAUGUACUGUGCUGUUUGUUUGUCUACUAUCAUAGAUCUGAUUCACUGCAAACAAAAUUUACCUGAGGGUACAAAUAAAGUAACCUUUGACCUUUGAGAACAAAGCAUCAAUUCACUGUUGCCGCUUUUACAUUUUCAAAUUCACAGCCUGAAAACAAAAUUGGACAGAAUUUAUCACAGUAUUAUGCCCAUCAUCAAAGGAACAGUUUACAUCUCUGAUUGCUGUAAAUCAAGUCCACGGAUGUGAACGUUUAAUCUACCAACAACUCACUUAUACAGCGAAGACCCAGUCUGGCAUGAAAUUUAAUGAAAACAUCACAUUAAAACAAUAACAAAAGCUGAUAUAACAGCUACGUUUUUAACAGUGGAUGAUCUGUAAGGUCAAACUUGUUGUGUAACUUCUUGUGCUGUAGGGGUGAUUCUGGCAGACUAUGGCCCUAGUUGGAAGGAGCAUCGUCGCUUUGCUCUGAUGACUCUGAGAAACUUUGGGAUGGGAAAGAAUUCGAUGGAAGACAGAAUUCAUGGAGAAUUACAGUACGUCAUUAAGGCACUGGAAAAGAGCAACGGUAUGUCAUAUAUGGAUCUAUGUCCCCUCCACUUUGUGUUCUGUGUAUGUGUUUUUAUUCAGUUUAAAGCUGAAUUUAAUGUAAUGUGAUUGUUCAUACUGUCAAACUGAUAAAAAUGAAUCUUCUACAGGGAAAACCUUCAGUCCUCAGCUCAUGUUUCAUAAUGCAGCUUCCAACAUCAUCUGCCAGGUUCUGUUUGGUACACGUUAUGAGUACGAUGACGAGUUCAUCAGAGUGAUAGUUGGCUGCUUCACUGAGAACGCUAAGAUAGCCAACGGACCGUGGGCUAUGGUGAGUUAAAGCAUAUUAUUCAUUCUCUAUGAUAAUGAGAAGAUUUGUUUUAGCAUUUUUUUAAACAUAGUGGAACUUUCCCUGGCCUAAAUGUACAUUCUUGUCUAAAUGUAUCACUUACUGACAUGAAUAUUACAUCAAAUAAUGAGCGUGGUCUAGACCUGCUCUUUUCGGAAGUGUCUUGGGAUUGGGCUGGUGUGAUUUGGCACUAUAUAAAUGAAAAGAAGAAGAAGAACUUUAUUGAUCUCCGAAUAUGUCUAUAAAAGUUAUGUAUUAUUUACACAAGAGUUAUAAAGCCUGAUGGCUGUUGGUACAAAAGAUCUUCUAAAUCUUUCUGUCCUGCAGUGAAGAGAGAGGAGCUGUCCACCACCAUUGGCCCUUUGGUCCAUCAAGGUGUUGUGAAGUGGGUGAUCCAUGUUCUUUAGAAUAGACUCCACCUUCCUCAGUGUAGAUCUCUCCACCACAUCCUCCACUGAGUCCAGCUUGAGUCCCACCAUAGAGCCAGCCUUUCACCAGUUUGUUAAGACGUCUUGCAUCUUUGUGUUUGAUGCUUCCUCCCCAGCAGACUGCAGCGUAGAACAGAACACUUGCCACCACAGACUGAUAAAACAUCUGCAGCGUCUUACUACAGACAUUGCCCCUUUCUGUAGAUGUAGUCUAUAUUCUUAGACCAAUCCAACUUAUUAUCCAGAUGUACACCUAGGUAUUUAUAUGAUGUCACCACUUCGAUGGCCACUCCACAGGUGUUCACUGGCUGAAGAGUGUCAAUAGCGGUGUCAUCUGAGUAUUUCUGGAUGUGGCAGGACUCAGUACUGUAUUUAAAGUCUGACAUAUACAGUGUGAACAGGAAUGGCGCCAGCACUGUCCCUUGUGGAGCCCCUGUACUGCUCAUUAUUGUCCCAGAAACACAGUUCCCCAGCCUGACAAACUGUGGCCUUCCUGUCAGGUAAUCUGUGAUCCAGGAAACACAGGAAGGAUCCACUCCCAUCUCUGUGAGCUUGUCUUUGAGUAUGGUGGGUUGGAUGGUGUUGAAUGCACUUGAAAAGUCGAAGAACAUGAUCCUCACAUAAACCCCAGGUUCCUCCAGAUGAGACAGGGCAUGGUGAAGCAUGUAGAGGACAGCAUCAUCCACUCCAAUGUGUUCUUUGUAAAAUUGAUUGGUUGAUUGAUUGAUUAAUUUGUAGUGGGAAAAGAAGUACAUGCAUUUAAAAUUACAAUAAAAAAUAGUCAGUCUUGAGAUAAAUUUUCUCAUUUUCUUUUGUACACAAAAGAGAAGCAUCGCUGUUUAUUUCAGUCUGUUUUAUAAGCUUCCUCACAGCAGCUUCAAGUUGACUUUAGCCUGAAUUCUAACCUGCUCAUCCUCUGUCUCUCUUUUCAGCUCUAUGACUCUCUUCCUGUGAUUCGUGGCCUGCCGCUGCCCUUCAACAAAAUUUUUAAGAAUGUUGAGGUACGUAAAAUUGCAGAUUCAAUCUAUGGUAAAAUAAAAAAUGACCUAUUGAAAAAAUAUUCUUGUUUUCCAGACUUGUUGGAAACUUGUGAAUGCUUUGAUAAACGAGCACAAGGAGACCAGAGUUCCCGGAGAACCACGAGACUUUCUGGACUGCUAUCUGGAUGAACUGGAUAAGGUGUGUGGUGAAUUUCUGUUUUCAGCCUGCUAGUUCAUGUGAGUGUUUGUGCUACUCCUCCUCUGAUAGCCAUCCCCUCUUCUUUAUACUUCUGCCUAUGAAGAGUGGAGUACAAUAAUUUCAGUUGUAGAACAAGCUUUUGUAAAUGAGGCUCAUGUGUCCUUUAGCAGCUGACAGGUUAGGAUGUGUCCUCUGGCAUUUACUAGAAAAUAAUACUUACACUGGGGAGCUGUUUCUGGCCUAUCAGUUAAAGACUACACCCCAUGUAUAGUGGCCAAGUUGUCCAUGUUUCAGCAGUCAUAGAUUAGACUCUCUGCCUUGACCCUUCAUUGCAUGUUUGCCCAGAUCUUUACUCCCAUCAUUUUCUAUUCCUCCUUCAUGAUUUUAUCAAAAAAGGCAAAAGAGCUCUAAAAAUCUACUUAAAAAGCCGCCCAUGUUGCUCCAUAUCCACUGAGCCUUUGUAUUACUCUACCAUUGGUUUGUUAUUUUUGUAAAUUGUGCAUUUUUUGCCAUGACCAAAGGACAGUUGCAUGAAAUUGCUGUACUCUUCUCAGAUGGAUGAAGAUGGUUCUACUUUUUCAGAAGAUCAGUUGAGUAUGUAUGCAAUAGAUCUUCAUUUUGCUGGGACUGACACAACUUCCAACACCCUGCUCACUGGUUUCCUCUACCUUUCAACAUACCCAGAAAUACAAGGUGAGUCUGCCACCGUCAUUGUGUUAUUUUUUCUUCUGCUGCCAAGGAAUUGAUAUUUUUCAUUAAAACAUGUUCUAACCUCUGAAAGGCAGAAAAACAACCUUGAAAAGAGCACAGUGCUCACCGAGAGUACACCUAAGAGCCUUUUUAGUACAUUAGCAUUCAGUCCAGCUGAACACACGUUAUAAGGAAUAGCCAUAGCUCAAGUAACCUAUAUUUCUCCACUAAAGUUUAUCCUUUUUUUAUCACUCUAGCCACAGUGUUGCUAAACUGCAGAGUUUAAUAAGUGAAUGUGACAUAUGGUUCAGUAACCCUUUGAGUGGUCAGAGGACUUAAGAAAGAGCUGCAAACAUAAUCUACAAACUAUGGUUUUCACAUGUGCCUCUUUGCUGUGAUGUGUCAAAAUGUGGUGUUGGCUAUUUGACCCUUACUUGUACCCACUGAGAGGUCACCAGGCUAGAAGAUUAUAUCUGUUUCAAAUCGACACUAUGGGCUGUAUUUUCGUGCUUCGCUGGCGACGUGGUGCAGGCGCGAUGUAAGUCAGGUCUGCUGACAAGGCGCUCCCAAGCACAAUUUGGUAUUUUGGUGAGCGGCGCAGCCGGCGUAAGUAUCCCCUCUCCCUAACUCAGCUCCUCCCAGCGGCGUAAGUCGUAGGGAGGGAAGAGAUAGGGCGUGGAGUGGGUUUAACACAGCCAAGACCUGCAUUGACCAUUAACAUCAGCUCCUCUCCUUGCCUUUAAAUUCGCCACCGGUGAGGCGUAUUACAAUUUUCGUGAAGUAGUCAAAGGGAUCAAGAGAUGUGUGAAGACAGCAAUGCCACACGAUGGCAACAGAAGGCAGCUCCUCAACAAGUGUCCCUGUAAACACUGCAGAGGGCGUCCUUCACACUGUCUCAUAUGAGCACAGAUGGAUUUGGUGUGUGUAAUGUUGGACCCACUGGUAAGAUAAACACCCUUUUCCACAAAUAAAGACACUCACAUAAAGUUAGAUACGGUUGUUUUUGUUUUCUUUCGGCUGCUUACUUCCUGCGUGAAUGAUAUUGAUCAGUUAUUUAACAGCUGCUCUUUUCAUACUGGCACAGAUAGAGAGGGUACAAAAAUAUUUUCCCUUUUCGUUAAAAAAAAUCUGCAGCUUUUGAACACAAUCAUUAAUUACAUUCUUCUUAAUUAAAUGUCACUGGAAUGAGAGACCAUACAUAACAAGGCAUGGUGCACUGGUCCUAGAUCACUCUAGAUAGGCUCGAUCAGACCAAUUAGUUGUGCCUUACAUGCAGCAUGCAAUUACACCAGCAACUUCCUCUAUAAAGUGGCCUCUGAUGAUACACCUCUCAGUAUGAAUGUACAGUAUUUUAUUUAUCUCUGCCCCCUCUCUUUAUUUUGUAUAUCUCAGAGCGCUGUCAGCAGGAGAUCGAUUCAGUGCUUGAGGGGAAGGAUCGUGCCAGUUUUGAAGACAGACACAGGAUGACGUUUUUACAGGUGAAUGAGGAUUUGUUUCCCUUUUUUACAUGGUCACAGAGGCCUGAAGCGCCACAUUUGUCAAAGCCUGAUACAAAUGUAACAAAGGUAGGAAAUGGGGUCAUUUUUAAGAGGUUGUCAUGAAUAAAUGUGGUCAGGUUUUGGAAUUUCUGUUGCCAUGGUUUUGGUACAUGGCUUGUGGGUUUCGCAUUGCAAUUGUACUUAGCUACUUUAAGGUGUUAGAGCUUUGAAAAACAUGCAUUUUUAUCUUCCGCAUGGAAUCAUAGAUGACAUGCAUGUAAUUUCUCUUUCUUUUCAUUUAGGCCGUGAUCCAUGAAAUACAGAGGGUAGCCAACACUGUACCCUUGAGUGUCUUCCACUGUACAACGGCAGACACAGUGCUCCUGGGAUAUACCAUUCCCAAGGUAAGACACAACUGAUUUUAGUUCAUGUUUCAUCAGGUUUUGGUUACAGGCUAGAUAUCUUUAAGUGCUGGUAAGACAAUUUCCCAUCAGUACCACACUUUCAUGAUGGAAUCAACAUGAGCAACACAAUUAGAACCUUGGAAAGUAAGACACAACUUACAAACAGGUUUUAGUGUGUUUUUGAUCUGGUUUUUCUGAUUUUGCUAAUUCUGAGUAAAUAAAUAUGGGCCCUAUCAUACAGUUGGAGCAGAACGUCUUGGUGUGCAGCACUUCACUGAACAUUUUUUUUUGCCAAGUUUGGUCAUUAAAUGAGAUGUUUAUGAAAACACAUGUUAUGAAAUUCAGUGAUCUGGUAUAUUAUAAAACAAUACAAAUAAUGUAUAAAGCUAAAUCACAUUUACUCCCAGUCAGUAUACAAAGGUGUUUUUCAACUCAAGUGACAAAGUAUAAUUUAAGAGAUGUCUGUAAAUUUACUGUACCAAGGGCAAAAAAAGAGGUUAAAAGAAGAUGCAUAUCUGUUGUAGGGGUUUCACUUUGGAAUAAUGCUCAUAUUAAUUUAAGAAUGUGUAGUACAUUUCUGAUUUUCAAAAGGAUGGUUUACAGUGCAAUCUUUAAGGGCUAUAAGUCUUCAUGAUUCUGUAAAGGUUUUUGUUACUUUCUAUUAUUGGUUCUUUAUGAGGAUUUAUUCUUGAUUUUUUGAAAAAGAGGAUAUGUUAGUGUUAUGAUUUGUUCUAUGAGUUUAUGAAAUUAGUAUUUUAUUUUGUAUUUUUUGUAUACGUAAAAAUUGUUGUUGGGUAGCUUAAUAUGUGCAUUUGAUAAAGAGGACAGGCUUAAAUAUAGUUUUAUGCUUCCGUCUGUGCCUUUUCAGUCACUUUCUUUAUGAUAUUGUUUGUAAAUGUAAAUAUUAAGCUGUAUUGUGUCUGUGACUGAAUAAAAAAUCUUCACUCUUCACUCACUCUUCAGAUGUGCUCAGGCUCAAAGUAGCAAAUUGCAAUUUAAAAACCCAGUUGGAAGUCUGACAUCAGUGAUGUAGUACUUUUCUACCAUUUAGGGGAUGCAUCGGUGAAAUGGUGAGAUAAUCCUAAGAGUUCAGAAUACUUAGUCCUUUGCUAUUUUACUCUCAAAGAGAGAUGCACAGGGUGCUCCCAAUCAUUUGAAAAUAUCCAGACUGCUGUCAAGGGAUAAAUCAGAAAUCUGCUGUGUCAAUAACAACAUGCCCACUUGCAGGACAAAGAGAAGACAAACCGAUUAGUUUGAUCCUUUUUGAUUCUCCUCAGGGUACGCUGAUCAUCCCUAACCUGGCUUCAGUACUUUGUGAGGAGGGACAGUGGAAAUUCCCUCAUGAGUUUAACCCUGAAAACUUCCUCAAUGACAAGGGAGAGUUUUUCAAACCGGAGGCCUUUGUACCUUUCUCUGCAGGUGUGUCAGCAUGCUAAGUAAACCACAGUCAAAGGCUUUUUAUGACCCAGAAUGUGGGACUUUUACAGACAAGUUUGGAACAAUCAAACUGUUGUAGAUGACUGUGUGUUCUCCUCUUAAUACCUCAGGUCCUCGCAUGUGUCUUGGUGAGAGUCUGGCUCGUAUGGAGCUUUUCCUCAUCCUGGUGACACUGCUCAGGAAGUUCAAGUUCAGCUGGCCUGAGGAUGCAGGGAAGGCGGACUACACACCAGUCUUUGGGAUCACUCAAACUCCCCAACCAUACAGCAUGAAAGUCCAACUAAGAACAAAACAACAGCAGGGUAUGCAGACACAGCAGAAACAGUCCAAGGCAAUUCAAUUUAAAAGAGAUGUUUAAAAUAUUACUACUUUUGAAUUAUUUUAAUUGAUCUCCAAAUGAUCUCCAUUGGGAAAAAAUACCAAACUGCAAAUGCUGGACUGAUGCAACUUCAGAAGCAAAUGCAGAAGUCGAAAUAGGAUGCAACAUUUAGGUUAUCGAAAACCCUAUAUGAAGCUUCAUUUGCUUUGUAUCCUAGCCCCUGGUUAAAGUUUGACUAUUAGAUGUGUUUUUGUCUGUUUUGGAUGCAUUGAGAAUAUUUUAGCAAAAAGAAACUGUCUUUUAUAUCUUGAAGACACUUUUUUAUACAGUCUUAGUGGCAUUCCUGUAAUACCUAAGCUGUUGCAUAUUUUUUUACUGUUUCUACCUUUUUAACACAUAAGAGGAACAAAAACAACCAAAAAUAAAAACAAUCACAAACAACACUGUUUCCAAAAUGGUACAACUUGCCAACACUUUCUUUUUUAUUUAAUCAGGAAUACUCGGGAACGCCUACCUAUGAUUUAACUUGACUGUAAUUAUGCACAGGUGUAGAUAUGUUGCUCUUGGAUGAGUGGAAUUGUUGCAUUUGAAUAAAGAUGAUUAUUACAAUACAAUAAAUGUUAUUAAACUAUGCACAAAAAUUACAACUUGUUUUAUGAAGCUACAGUAUAUCUUCAGUGUAGACAUACUGCAAACUGGCUAUGUACUUGUGUGUUUCAAAAACAAUAUCAGACCAGGAAAAAAUAGAAAUUCAAAAUACAAAUUCAAAAUUCAAACACUUUGUCCGAUUUUUUAAAGACAUUGAAGGAUGACUGUUUUAAAGGGAUAUUCCGGCGUAAAUUUAAGUAAUGGUCAAACACACCGUAACACCGAGUUCGACACCCCCUUGAGUGAAGAUUGUUGCUGACCGCUUGCUUCCUUAGUUAUACCAACUUUAGUAAUGACUGCAGAAUAGAAAUACACAGCAGUCUGAGGAGCCAUACACAAACCUCAACCAAAACGCCACAAAUAAUGUUCAGAACAGCACCUCACUUCAUCAACAGUACAUCUAGGGUCCCAGCCAUAGUACUAGCCACCAAACAUCUUUUUAACUUUGCCUGAUUACCUCCGCCAAGGAGGUUAUGUUUUCGGUAGCGUUUGUUUGUUUGUUUGUUUGUUUGUUGGUUUGUUUGUUGGUUUGUCUGUGAACAACUUUACGGAGAAAGUUACAGACGGAUUGACCUGAUAUUUUCACCGGAGGUGCGUCUCAGCUCCAGGAGGAUCCCAUUACAUUUUGGUGGUGAUCCGGAUCACCUUCUGGAUCCAGGAAUACAGGAGGGUGCACAAACCAAUUAACCGAGUGACUCUAAACAAUUUAUUGAGUGCAAAAUUAUACAGGGCACCCCAGACUCACCUAUACACGUUCACCUCCCACCGCAUCCUUAAAACACAGAGCACACAACUCAACCAGGCUUUGCAUCAGGAGAAAAAGGAAGAGGUUGUAAGAAACUGAUCCUCUUUUAGCUUUCACAGCCAAUCAGCAGUCAGCUUCUCCAUCUCCACCUCCCAAUCAGCAGCAGAGCAGAGUCUCUCAGGUGUGGCUGAAUCAACUACUUCCCCGGGGAAACAAGCAGGGAGGGGGAGACUGUGCAGGCAGGAAGAGAGGAAAAAUAACACAGCAGUCUGCUUCAUGCCUGGCAUGUCACGGAAGCGAUUAGGCAAUAGUUGAAGCCAGAUCUGGUCAAGAGUGUGAGUCUUGGUGUUUGGUUUUCUCCUUUAUCUUUAAUCCUAUAUAGCAAAGUACACCACAAGAGGAGGCGGGACUAAGGGCAGAGUUACGUAUUUAAAGCAAGCCUCUGAGUUUACCUUUUCAGUUUGAUCAAGCCUGUUUCACCAUGUUUGCUUCAAUCAUUCUGGUCUGGAUCUGCACUUUCUUCAUCAUCCUUCAACUAAGACCUCGGAGACCCAAGAAUUUUCCACCGGGUCCUCCUGUCCUGCCCAUGCUGGGAAAUACUUGGAACCUCAGUCUGGAGAACCCCAUAAAGUACUUUGAGAGGGUGAGUAACAGGCUGAUAUUGAUGGGAUUGCUCUUUGAUAUCUUAAACUGUUACUGCACAGCUGCGUUUACCACUUAAGGUGCAAGAAAGGUUUUGAAUACAACAUAACUGCUCUUGUGGUUGUUUUACUGCUUUACCUUAGAGGGAUUUCCAAACCGGCUCAACAACUUUACUUAAAGACUGGAAAGGAAACCCUUAAGCUGUUGUAGAAAGAUAUCAUGUGACGGCAGCUGAAGUCUUGGCAAAGAGCAGUGUGCAUCUAAGGACAAGGGUUACCACAAGGUUAAUGUAUAAAUGUGUGUAAUGUUUGCAGUCAUUUCUGUAUAAAAUCACAUGUUUUAUACAGAGAUGACUGUAAUUGAUCUUGGACUCUAUCUGUGUUUUCCUACACGCAUCCAAUACAUUGGCUUACACCAAGGUUGUGGAAGUGAGAUAUGUGAGAAGUGACAUAUUUAGGAUGCCAAUUCUCACUUUAGGUGACAGGGGUUUGUUUUAAUAUGCUCAGUGAAUCAUCACUGUUACUAUAACCUGUGUUCUGGAGUACAGGUUGGGAUGAGUAGAAGACCUACAAGAUAAAAAGUAGUGAUACCUAACAGUACAGAUGUAAGUGCAAACACAGUUUUACAACUACAAAAGUACCCCUAAGACCACAUGCCAUAUAUAAAUAAUCCUCACACCCCCGAGUGAAACAUAAUAAUGCAUCAGAUUUCAUAUAGCGCUUUAUCAGAGACCCUUAAAGCGAUUUACAUUGGAGACAUCAUUCAUUUGCUCACACAGUCACACUUUGGUGGUGGUAAACUACCUUAGUAGUCACAGCUGCCCUGGGGUAGACUGAAGGAAACGUGGCUGCCUCUCCGACCACCACCACUCACAAUCAUACACCAGUGGAGGACACACACUGGGAGCAAAGUGGGUUAAGUGUCUUGCCCAAGGACACAACAGACAGACUUGGGAUAGGGGGGAAUCGAACCACCAACUUUCCAGUUAUAGGACGACCGCUCUACCUCCUGAGCUACUGCCGCCCAUGGAGGAGAAUUUAAUAAAUAUCAGGUGUUUUGCACUGAAGCUGCCCCUUUUUAUGCUUUGUUGAUGCUUAAAGCUAUCUUACUGUUGUCAUUGUUCUGUUUUUAAUAUUUGUAUUUGCUGUUUCAAUAUUUUUCUUACACUUCUAUUAUCAUCUAUCCAGUGGUAAAUUUUGCUAGUUUGUUUAUUUUGCCUUUAAUCUAACACAUUUAUUGCCCAGUGUAUCUGCUUUUUAGUAUCUGUUUUUCUAUUUUGGCCACGCUGCAAGGCUGAGUAAUGUUAGAAAAUAAGGACUGAACUGAAAUAAAAUUAGACUUUCCCACCCAAAGAAAUACAAGUAUUUCAAACACUGACAUGACAGUCUUUUUAACUCCUAGCAAAAGAAGUCUUACGGGAAUGUCUUUAGUAUCUACUUCGGUCCCAAACCAGCUGUUGUCAUCAAUGGGAUGAAGGCCAUAAAGGCAGCAAUUGUGACCAAGGCCAGAGAUUUUGCCGGAAGACCCCAAGACCUGCUCAUCAAUGACAGUUCCAAUAGGAAAGGUAAAGACAAUCUGACCACCUGAGUCAGAAUCAAGGUCACUGCUGUUUUGUUUGUUUUGUUCUGUCACAACUUGAGUGACAACUUGUCUCAGAUUGCAUAACACAUUGACUACCCAUUACUCAAACUGAUCAAUAAAAAAAACAAAGACAGUGGCUAAGUGCAAUGUUUAAUCUUUAACUUCUGGCACCACAAAAAGUUGCAUGCUCACAGAGAAAUCUCCUGUUUAUCAGUACCUCAGUAACUUAAGACUUUGCAUGACACAUGAUCUUACUAUUCAUCCUGUGUUUAUUAUGUUGUUACUCAAAGCAGGUUGUACCAGUAUAUUUCCCACUUUGCACAAAAGACAGCAUUUUUUCUGCUCUUUCUUCUCUCUCCAGGGUCAAAGUGAGACCCAUUUUCCGCCUGAGAGUUUCAAGGCUUUUGAUUUUGUAUUUUAUUUUGUAAUUUCUUAUAACUAUCCCAUAGUAGUGACUCACCAUGGGUGUAUUUAUUUUAAGGUUGAGUUUCAGAGUUUUACAAGUCCCCUUCCAAAAAGAAAAAUGUUAAAGUGUACUUCAAGUAUAUUGUUUUUAAACUAAGUAUGCUCUCAGUUUACUUUUUGUGGACUUUAAAGGGAUAUACUUAACAAAGUUAAUGUUUAGUAUACUUGGCUUGUACUAACAAUUAUACUAAAAGUCUAAAUAUGUUUAACCUAUACUUAGACAUAAAAUUUGUUCAAGAUAUAAAAACGUAAAAAAAAAUAUAUAUAAAUUAAUUAAUUACAAUAAUAUAAAAUAAUUAAUUUAUCACAAUAAUAAUAAUAUAAAUUAAUUAAUUACAAUAAUAAUAAUAAUAAGUUGAUACAUAAAGGUAUGCUUGAGAGUGUACUUAUAUAAACUACAAAGGGACUGGAAGUUUAUUACUAGUUAAUUGGUUAUAGUUUACCAGUUAUAAAUAGUUAAAUAUUAAACAAAAACACGAGUAAUUAAAUGAUUUAAAAAUACAAUAUUUGAGAAAAUAAAUAAAUAACAUUAAAAUCUAUAUAAAACACCAAAUAAAAAAGUUAAUAAAAUCUCUUUAAAAGCCAGACUGAACAGAUAGGUCUUUAGUUUAUGUAGUUUAAGUGUCAAUAUUUUUAGCUCCUCUCAGAUCCUCUGGCAGCCUGAUUCAGAGUCUUUCAGCAUAAUGACUAAAAACAGCAUCAUCAAAUACUUUGGUCCUAUUCUGAGAAACCGUUAAAAGAGAAGAGCCAGAGGAUCUGGCAAGAAGUCCUGGUUCAUAAACUAAGAACAUUUCUGAGCUGUAGUCUGGUGCAAGGCCAUGCAGGGCCUUAUAAACCAGUUAAAGACCUUUUAAAAUCUAAAUGAAAACAGACAGACAAGGAAUGCAAAGAUUUCUUUAGUAGACCAGUGAGAAAAGCAUUGCAGUUGUCUAGCCUGCUAUAGUUGUAAAAGUGUGUCUUUCUGUAUUGCUUAGAGAGAGAAACAGCCGCACCUUAGAAAUGUCCUUUAGAUGGUAAAAUGCUGUUUUUUGUCACAGAGCGUACAUGUGGUCUAAAAUUAAAAUCAGAAACAAAUAAAACACCAAGAUUUCUUGCUGCUUGUCUAGGAUAAAGUCCGAGCUUAUUUAGUGUAGAGGCCAGUUUCUCUCUCUAAGCCUUUUAACCAAUGGCGGGUACUUCUGCUUUAUACUGGUUAAGCUGUAAAUAAUUUUGUGACAUUCAGGCUUUAAUAUCUUAAAGGCGGGUAAAAAGUGAGUGUAUUGGCCCAGUGUCAUCAGGAAUCACAACCAUGUAGAGCCGAGUGUCAUCAGUAUAGACUGUAUAUAGAAUGGACGCCGUCUGCCUCCUCGCUGGCUGAAGCCACUCCGAGAACAGCACCCUCUUGUGACGGGCUGCAGUAUAGGUCAUAAAUCCCGCCUCCUCCAGCAAUCCCCAUGGAGCUGUGAAAAAACUUUAGAAAUUAAUUACACAGAAUAUACAUUUUUCUUCCCCCUGCUUGCAAUGUUGGCAUGUGGUUAUUGCAAGACUGGUUUGUGCUCAAAUCCCCUUUUUUUCUGUACAGCUCCUUUUUUUAAAGUUAUUAGGGAGUUCAUGUUUUCUUUGAUUGACACCUGAUACAGCCUAUGGGCAUACAAAGAUUGCGUAGCUCACCGAGGGGAUACGCUAUUUGAGCCGAGCAUCAUCACAGCAAUUCUCCCACUGAAUGCGCACAAUGCAACUGCGCAAGUGCUGGUUCCAGGAAGUGGAGAAAAUCCUGGAAUUACUGAGAACAAUCAAAGAGAGAGCUUCAAAUCCGUAGUGACAGAAGGACAGAAGGCGGAGCCAAGUUUUCCAUAGUAUAUACAGUCUAUGGUACUCAACUAUGGAAAAAAAAUGCUGUGUCUCCUGAUGACACUGGCAAGGGUACCAUAUCAAAAAACUAAAUAGUAAUGGUCUUAUAAUCGAUCCAUGUGAUACCCAUCUUAAUGUGUCUAAAACCAAAGACAUGACUCUAGAUUUUAGAAAGAAUCCACCUGUCAAAGCUUUAACCUUUUGUUAAUGGCAAAGAGGUAGAGAUUGUAAGCCAGUACAAGUAUCUAGGCACCAUCCUGGAUGACAAACUUUCCUUUGAGACCAACUCAGAUGCCAUCUCCCGAAAGGCAAAUCAGAGAUUAUUUUAUCUGAGGAAACUGUCGGGUUGAGUCUAAAUGAUCUUGACUCUGUUUUUAAAACCAGAGCCACUCAGAGGGCAAAGGCCGUUCUGGCAAACCCUCUCCAUCCUCCUUAUGCUGAGUUUCAGCUUCUCCCGUUUAAGAGAAGGUACACUUUCACUUGCAAGGCUAAAUCAAAUAGGUACCUUAAAUCCUUUGUCCCAACAACCAUUGGCUUUUUAAACAAGCUGUAGGCAGGCGUGACGGAAAUGAUGCACCCUUAGUUUGUGCUGACUCUGUGUAUUUAUAUAUUUAUUGUAUUUGUGUGUGGUAUUGGAUGUAUGCAUUUCUGCAAUGUGAGGUACUGUAAGAAUGUGUGUUUUAACUUCUGUUGCAAACUGAAUUGCCCUUAGGGGACAAUAAAGAUUAUCAAAUCAAAUCAAACCCCACUAGUCACUUCAUAGUGUUAGGAGGAAUGAUCAUGAUCACCUGCAUAUGUGGUGGGUCCUCAAAUGAAAUCUACUGUUUGAACAUUACAGUCAAUUGAAAGCUACCUGAAUAAUUAGAGGGCUACUUACACCCACCCAUAGCUGGUGCUGCCUUCAUUAUCUAUUUACUGUCACAAUAAACCAGUCCUUGCAGCCCUACAGCUAGCCUGGCCCCAUGACCUUUAUCACAAACAUCACAGUGGAUGAUUUGUAAAGCUCGUAUUUACUGUGUAACUUCUCGUGCUGUAGGAGUGAUUAUGGCAGACUAUGGGCCCAGUUGGAAGGAGCAUCGUCGCUUUGCUCUGAUGACCCUGAGAAACUUUGGGAUGGGGAAAAAUUCGAUGGAAGACAGAAUUCAUGGAGAGUUACAGUUCGUCAUUAAGGCACUGGAAAAGAGCAACGGUAUGUCGUAAACAGGUUAACCCUACAACCUGAUAAAAGACUGAUCAGAAAUACCUCUGAGAGGCCAGUACUGUUUUGAUAUCCUCUAUCUCCUUACUUCUGUGUGUGAUUGUAUUGUUAGAUCCAUGUCGGAUAAAUGUGAUUUUCUCUGUGCCGUCCCAAACUAAAGACAUUAUAUCUCCUACAGGGAAAACCUUCAGUCCUCAGUUCAUGUUUCAUAAUGCAGCCUCCAACAUCAUCUGCCAGGUCCUAUUUGGUACACGUUAUGAGUACGAUGACGAGUUCAUCAAAGUGAUUGUUCGCUGCUUCACUGAGAAUGCUAAGAUAUCCAACGGACCGUGGGCUAUGGUGAGUUUAAGCAUGCCUGUUUUUAUUCUCUAACUUAGCCUUUUUAUAAGGUUGUUUUAGCAUUGAUAAAAAUUAGCUACAACCCUUCUUUUACCAAUAACAUAAUAAAUUUAAACAACAUGCUAAAAAUGAUGCUUCCCUCAAUUUGAAGUUAACUCAAUCAACCAGUCUGUUUAUAGAGCCAAUUCACAAUAAUCGUUAUCGUAACAUGUUUUAUUACUUACAAAGACAACUGUUCUAAAUAUAAGAGCUAAAAAAAAAUAAAAGCUCUUCAAAUUGUAAUGAUGGUACCCUAUGUGCAAUAGACAACAAAGUAAAAAGAGGCAUUUUUCACCGCAUCUGGAACAGCAGCGAUUUUUGCUGUCCGCCAAUUCCUACUGGAUCCGUUGGUGAGGUGAAUUUCAUGGCGGAUUAUGGGCAGCGGUAAUCGCGGGAACUCACAAGAAUCCGCAGAUUCACAUGCAAUUGUGCGAUAAAGAGUUGUCUCUGUAAAGACAGCUACAGAGGCUAACCAUAAAAGCAGUAGAUUGUGUCCCUCCAGAGGUGGAAAUCCACCUCUAGACUUCUAAAAUCAGCAUCCCCUCAUCCAUGGUGUCAUCGGGGUGAAAUGCUGUCUAUAAACCUUUCACUUCUUCGUCCCGCUUGUUUGUAUGAUGUGAAAUACGUUCCGCCUGAAACACGGAGUGUUUUAUUUUGAAAAGAAGCCGAAUGUUUUCUUUUGUGUCUUAGCCCAACUUCCUUUCAAGCACAGGUUAAUCUCAGUCUUACUCCUGAAAGUUUCCAGCAUAGUGAGGAGUAGAGUGUGCUUUCCUGUAAACCAGUGAAUGAGUAUAUUUGGAUGAGUGUUAAAGCACAACCCUAUGAUGCUCCUGCAUGCUGAUAACAGAGGAGCAAAAGAAAGAAGCUGUCGCUACCCCAAAAUGCAACAGACACUUAGCAUGGCAGCUUUAACUUUGUUAUUGCCCACAUUUUGCACUUUGCAAUCCUUCUUUGUAUUUAGUUUCAUUAUAUUCCAUUCAAAAUAGUUUCUUUUGUCAUCCAGUAUUAACUGUCAAUGCUUAUUUUUAACUAUGGCUACGUUCACACUGCAGGUUAUGAUGCACAAUUCGUAUUUUUUGUUAAAUCCGAUCUUUUUGUGCGGUCGUUCACAUUACAACAACACAUGCGGCAUCUAAUGUGAACAGAAUGCAUCUGUGAAGUGAUCUGGAUGUGCACAAAGCACAAAUUGCUUUCCGCGCCUGUUUGCGUUGUCGAACAAUGGUGACGUUUGUCGCAUAUUGAUGACAUAUAGGUUGGAUCAACGCGACCUGAGCGUCCGUUCUUCCAGUCCCCAAUAAGGAUAAGAAGCUUAAUGUAUCGUGUAUGCUUUGCCUGCUUUAUCAAAAAUGUUCAAAAACGGAGAACCAUAAAAUCAAGUCAGAACCAAGUUUUUUUCUACCCUUACACAGCUAUUUUUUACUGAUGUGCUCCCUUGUACUACUUGAAAUAAAUGUCCUCAGUUACAAUCGUCAGAACAAUUUAUGCUAAGAUGCAGAAACUGUAUUUGACUUGAAUCUAUUCUCAUGUUUUUCAGCUGUAUAACUCUCUUCCUAUAGUUCGAGGCUUACCGUUACCCUUCACCAAAUCAUUUAAGAAUUUACAGGUAUGUUAAUUUCAUUGUUGAGUCUAUUGUUAAAUAAUAUGAAACUAUGAAAAAGCAUGAAAUGAAUAAAUAUUGAAAUGAAUAUGAAAUGUAAAUCGGGGAAAAGCACUUAUAUAACAGAAAAAGCAUCUUGUGUGGGAAAAUUAACAUACAUUACAAAUACUAAUUUUGUUAUUCAGACCUGCCGGAAACUUGUGAAUGCUUUGAUAAAUGAGCACAAGGAGAGCAGAGUCCCUGGGGAACCACGAGACUUUGUUGACUGUUAUCUGGAUGAACUGGUUAAGGUGUGUGUUGCGUGUGUUUUUGUUUGUUUGUUUGUUUGUUUGUUUGUGUGUGCUGCUUGUCUCUGUUAAGUAUAGUUAAAUCAUGUCCUCCAAGACUCUGUAGCAUGCUAUGAAAUAUGAUUUCAGCCAGUUGGUUCACAGUAGUGUCUGUGCAUCGCACUCCAAACUCUGCCUCUGAUUUCUCUUUAAAAAAAAUGUUCUCCUCCAUUUGUAAGGACAAGGAUGCUUCUACAUUUUCAGAAGAUCAGUUGACUAUGUACACUUUAGAUCUUUACUUGGCUGGGACUGACACAACUUCCAACACCCUGCUUACUGCUUUCCUUUACCUUUCAACACACCCACACAUACAAGGUGAGUCUGCCACUGUCAUUGUUUUGUCUGCCAAUAAAUUUAGACUUUUCAACUGAAAACAUGUUGAAACAAGCCCACACCAACCAAGAAUAAACCUGACCAUUUGUUACUGCAAAUAUGGAAAGUUUUCUCAGUCUGGUUGAACAUUACGGCAGUAAAAACCACAGCAAUAGGUCAUACGACCUAUUUCUCCUUAAUCUCCAGGGCUCCCUCUACUGCUUGGCUGCAGCUUAACCCUUGUGUAACGCUGUGGCUAAAAUCAGCCAUUAGGGGCAGAAUUUAGCCACUAAUUCCCACGUAACUUUUUUUUUACUGCAGCAAAUGGGAUGAUUUUUUGUGCAGAUGCUUAUUUUGAUGAACACUUUAAGAAUAUGACUUCAAAAUUUUCACCAUGUCAAAAAUACACGCUGGGCAAAUUUUUGUUAACACUCAGUGGCUAAAAACAGCCACUAAGUUUGACUGCUGUAAAAACAUGUUGGGUUAAUAUUUUUUUCCAUUUUUUUUCCAUAUAUCUCUUAAUUAACUUCUGCUUUGAUCAAAACGAGUAAAUGUUUCAUCUAAAAACAUUUUUUUUAACCCUUUGGGGGUCCAUUCAAAACACAAUGUCACUAAUAAAAAUCAGUCAUUUUCCUCCCAUUUUUCCCCAAUAUAAGUGACUAUGUUUUAAAUGGGUCCUUAAAAGGUUAAAAUUUGGAUUCUUAAUGAAACAUUUACUAGUUUUGAAUAGAGCAGAAGUUAAUUAAGAGAUAUAUUUUUAAAAUCUGGAAAAAAUAUGAAUCCAAUAUGUUUUUACAGCAGUCAAUGUCAGUGGCUGUUAUCAGCCACUGGGCGUUAAGAAAGGAUGUAAAUCUAAGGGUUACACAGUCAUAAAUCCUGCCCUUUCAUGGUAACAAAUAUAACAUGGUUAAACUACAAACUUAAAACAUACAAAUCAAUUGUUUUCAUACUUGUGCUCUGUUAUCACAGUUCUCAUUAUGCUGAUUUUUUAAUUUUUAAUUAUUUAUUUGAUUUAAAACAUAUUACUGAUUGAAUGCUGGUUUCUGCAGCAUUCUUCUCGAGAUUAUUAGAAAGCAAAAGGACAGUGAGGGAAAAUGUAAGAAACAAACAAGAGUCUCUGAACUUUCUCGGGGGUGUAGUUUAUGCAGUCAGUGAUGUAAACGAGCAAGCUUACAGGCCAAAUAUAUGGGCCUGUGGAGAAUACAGACAUUAUAACUGAUUUUUUUGGCAGCUUGCCUACCUUAUCAAUGGUAGAAAUAAGUUUGAUAUUUCCUUUCUCUAAAAGCGCUUUCAGUUCAUUAUCAAUUGUUAUCACCUAAAGUGCCACAGAAGUGAGAGGCAAUAAAUAAUAACACAUGGUGCAUUGAUCACUUAAAGGGAUAUUCCAGCAUAAAUUUAGGUUAUGGUCAAACACACCGUAACCCAGAGUUAGACGUCCCCCGGAGAGAUGAAUGUUGCCAACUGCUUGCUUCUCUAGUUAUGCCAACUUUAGUAACGACCGCAGAAUAGCAAUACACAGCAAUCUGAGAAGCCAUAAACAAACCUCAACCAAAAGAGUGGCUUUUUGGUUGAGGUGUGCAUGUGGAGACUGUGUAUUGCUAUCGUGCGGUUGUUGCUGAAGUUGGUUCAACUAGAGAAGCAACAUUCAUCUUUCCAGGGGGUGUCUAACCCUGUGUUAUGGUGUAUUUGACCAUAACUUAAACUAGGACCCCGUUGGGGCACUGGCGGGCCCGAGCUGUGUCGCGUCCCCCCCCCAACGCGCUGCCUCCCCGUCCCAUUUGUGUCCUCUGGCCAUCGCCCUCUUUGGUAACGCCCAUCACUGCAAAGACCCUUUUCCUUCAUCGGCGUUUGCUGUUCUUCCUGCCAGUGCGUGUUGCUUUCACUUACACUUGCCACAGCCAGCCUCGUGAGUGCCUAGCCUAUUGGAUAUCACUGUCACCUACACAGGACAGUCAUUACCUUUCUAUUAAUACUUUGUUUUUUAAUUUCACAUUAAUUUCCAAAUUGUAUAAACGACUGGAAAAAACUUGAGCCCCUGCCUCUGUAUAAUCAUGUGCAUGUCUCUGUUCUAGCUCUAAGGUAAAUCUUCACUGCUCAUGUUCUCCUCAGAAGCAGUCACCUCACUCCCCUCAGGUUACUGUACACAUGCACCAACUGCCUGCUUCAGGUUUGGAUGGAGCUUCAUGGUUGUCUUUUGGAGAAAUGAACAGUCAAGUUGUGUUUGAAAUUUGAUUUUUUUCAGGGGCAAAAGGAGCCUCUGCAUUCUUGUCAAAUAUGUAAAUAGCAUGUUUUUGCAGGUGCUACAAACCAGACUCUGAGUGUGUGUGUGUGUGUGUGUGUGCGUGUGUGUGUGUGCGUUCAAGUCACAUGACAUAUUUAACCGGAUGUAGCUGCAAGACGGAGCCUCGUUGACUCUCCAUUUCAAUUUAUCUCAAAAGUGAGGACCUCAACCUAUAUACCAGUUUUUAAAUUGUGUUGAUAGGCCAAAUAAAACCAGAGUUAUGAUAAAUUAUGUCCGCGAUACUUUUUUUCUGCUUAUUUUGAUCACGUUCGGCGCUCGAUCGCGCUGUAUGAGACAGGAAAACAUAGCAUGCAGACAUUAGCGACAGGUCUUACAGGCGGAAAAGGCUUGCCAAAAGAAAAAAAAUACACACCACAACAUCUCUCCUAUUGGUGGAAAACUUCACCACAACAACCAAUCCAAAAUUAUAUGGUGACUGAUUGACAAGGGGCGGGAACUUACGUUCUUCCUGCAACAUGAGAAGGGAGGGAGGGACUCUCAGCAGGGAUGCAGUCUGGGACACGUAGUUGCAAACCUAGCGACUUUGUUGUUAGAUUCAAUGACUUUUCAGACCCCCUAACGACUUUUUUUUUAGAAAGAAAGGGACUUUUAUCGACUUCUUCUGGAGUUUAGAGACUCUGACAUGAAGCAGGCUUUCCUUACUGAGGAGUUAGCAACGCUGCUAAGGGUGCAGAGCCACACAUGCGCUCCGAGCUCUGCAUGGGAGACUGAAGCUGACAGAGCUGCAGCAGUUAGCAGGUUUCACCCUCAGAGACCACCAGGGGUUCAUGUUGAGGCAUUUUAAAUUUUUUUUUUUUUUUGCCAUAGACACUGUCAGCACAAUCUGCAGUUACACUAACAAAAAUGCUGCAAAAAACAAAGAAUUAUGGAAAAAUUACACAUGGACUGACAUAGAGGAGGAUCUACACAAGUUUUUUACAUCAUGUUUUACAUCAUGCAUCAUUUACAUCAUGUUUUUUUGUAGUGGCAUAAAUAAAAAGUGACAUUUGUGAGACUAUACAGUGUUUUGUAAAUGAUUUUACAAAGAACGCCUGGGCCAUUGCCUGCAUUUUGAUGUAAAUAGAGGUAAAUUACUAUGUUCUUUGUUAAAAAUUUGCAUAUGUUUUGAAGUUUACAAUUUUUAUUUGAAGUUUAAGUUUUAAAAACAGUUCAUCACACAUAUUUGUGUUUUAAUUUCACAUUAAUUUCCAUAUUGUAUAAAUGACUGGAAAAAACUUGAGCCCCUGCCCCUGUAUAAUCAUGUGCACGUCCCUGUUCUAGCUCCAAGGUGAAUCUUCACUGCUCAUGUUCUCCUCAGAAAUAGUCACCUCACUCCCCUCAGGUUACUGUACACAUGCACCAACUAUCUGCUUCAGGUUUGGAUGGAGCUUCAUGGUUGUCUUUUGGAGAAAUGAACAGUCAAGUUGUGUUUGAAAUCGGAUUUUUUUCAGGGGCAAAAGGAAGCCUCUGCAUUCUUGUCAAAUAUGUAAACAGCAUGUUUUUGCAGGUGCUAAAAAACAGACUCUGAGUGUGUGUGUGUGUGUGUGUGUGUGUGUGUGUGUGUGUGUGUGUGUGUGUGUGUGUGUGUGUAUCCUGCAGUACUCUGUACUCCUGCAGUGGCCAAAAAGACUUUUAAGAAUGUGGAUUUUUGGGUCAUCUUUGGCGCCCCCUAGAACUGCAGUACUCUGUACUCCUGCAGUGGCCAAAAUGACUUUUAAGAAUGUGGAUUUUUGGGUCAUCUUUGGUGCCCCCUAGAACGUAAACCGUGGGGUGCAGCGUCAUGAUUUUUACAACUUUGAAUGGGCAUGGGGUGUAGAUUGCCCUGAGCAAAUUUGGUAUCGGUGGGACGAAAGCCUUAGGAGGAGAUAGCCACAUUCCAAUGUGUGCGAAUCGGCAAAAAAUGCGAAAUAGCCCUUUAACCGUACAUUAUACAGAUACGCGCUUUUUGACUUUUUCGUAGAUCUAAUUGAGAUACACGUGAUUGUCAAUUUUUGUGUCAAUAUGACAAAGCGUUCAGGCAUGACACUCAACAAUGUGUAUUUUCAUGUAAGGGGACAAGAAAAAAUGGACUUUUUUCUCCUGCCAUGGGGGGGCGCUCUUUUAGGGAGUAAAAAUUCCUUCACAAAUGUGUUGAUGGCUGGACAUUGCAUCAUCCUAGAAAACUUGGAGGCCAGUGAGGACAAAAAUAAAAAGUUAUAAGACUUUUAAAAAUGUGGAUUUUUGGGUUAUCUUUGGCGCCCCCUAGAACAUAAACCGUGGGGUGCAGCGUCAUGAUUUGAAUAACUUUUAAUGGCCAUGGGGUGUAGAUUGGCCUGAGCAAAUGUGGUGCCGGUGGAACGAAAGCCUUCGGAGGAGUUAGCGAAAUUCCAAUGUGUGCGGAUCGGCAAAAAAUGCGAAAUAACCCUUUAACCGUACAUUUGACAGAUACGCCCGCACUGACUUUUUUGUAGAUCUUAUUGAGAUACAUGUGUGUGUCAAUUUUUGUGUCAUUUUGACAAAGCGUACAGGCGUGACAGUCAAUAGUGUGAAUUUUCACCUUAGGGGGCGCUAUGGAGCCAUUUUGCAUUUUCUUGUUUGGGCGACUUCGGAAUAUCAAAUUUUUCACCAGGCCCGGUCGUCCUGCCAAAUUUCAUGAGUUUUCGCCAGUGGGAAGUGGGCCAUUUUCCAGUUCAAAGGGGAGGAAAAAGAAAAAAGAAACAAAGAAAAACCACUUGGGGAAUAAUAGGGCUCUCGCAGCUGCUUAGCAGCUACGCUCGGGCCCUAAUUAUCGCUGGGAUAUCGCUUUAAGUGCCACAGAAGUGAAAGGCAUAAAUAAUAACAUAUGGUGCAUUGAUCACUUAAGGUAGACUAGAUUGAGCCAGUUGGAUCUGCCCCCAUGCAGUCACAGCAGUUACUCCCUCUUUAUAGCGGCUUCUGCUGUUAUACCUCUCAGAGUUUUAUUAACAGUGUUUUAUUCGUCUCUCUUUUUUGUGUGUCUCAGAGCGCUGUCAGCAGGAGAUAGACUCAGUGUUGGAGGGGAAGGAUCGUGUCACUUUUGAAGACAGACACAGUAUGACAUAUAUGCAGGUGAACCAUCAUUUCAUUUUUAUCCUACAUAGUUAUUUACGCCUGAAGAGCCAUAUUUAUUAAAACACAACAGUAAUCUGAGAAAAGCAGGGAAUGAUGAAUAAAUGUUUUUAGGUUUCUAAAGUCAUGCUGCCUUGUUUUUGGUGCAUUGCUGGCAGGGCUCACACUGCAACCUGACUAAUCUUAAAAAAAAAAAAAAACUUUUCUUUCUUUUCUGCCUGAAGUCAGGGAGUAAAAUUAUGGUUUUCACUCUAUAUAGGCUGUGAUCCAUGAAAUACAGAGAGUAGCCAGCACUGUUCCCCUGAGUGUUUUCCACUGUACAACUGCAGACACGGAGCUCAUGGGAUACUCCAUUCCCAAGGUAAGAUACAGCUGGUUUUAAUUCACGUUUGAUCAGGGUUUUCUUAUUUCCCUGAUUCUGAGUGGUAUAGGGGCUGUCAGUGGAAGUUUCAUUGUUCUUCAGUCUCUCAACAUUUAUGUGCCCAUGGUCUCAAAAUUGAGUGUGGUCAGGCACUGCUAUCAAAAAACUGGUCCAAGUCUAAAGUCGGUAGCUCUAAUUGCUGUUCUUCUUUUCUUAUCUUUUCUUUUCAGGGUACAUUGAUCAUCCCAAACCUGGCUUCAGUUUUAAAUGAGGAGGGACAGUGGAAAUUCCCUCAAGAGUUUAACCCUGAAAACUUCCUCACUGACAAGGGAGAGUUUUUCAAACCGGAGGCUUUCAUGCCUUUCUCUGGAGGUAUGUCAGCAUGAUAAAUGAACCAUUGUAAGAUCUUUAUUGUGACUAAAGAACCUGUGACUUUCACAGACAAGUUGGGAUCAAUCAAACUGUUAUAGAUGACUUUGCAUUCCCCAGGUCCUCGUGUAUGUCUUGGUGAGACUCUGGCUCGUAUGGAGCUUUUCCUCAUCCUGGUGACACUGCUCAGGAAGUUUAAGUUCAGCUGGCCUGAGGAUGCAGGAGAGCCAGAUUACACACUGGUCUUUGGAGCCACCCAGACUCCCCAAAGAUACAACUUAAAAGUGCAACUAAGGGCAGAACAAUAG